AUGAAUGACCUCGUUGGCUUCAUUGUCGCCCUCACUGCCCUAAUUAUCUCAGAGCGAGCAGAAUCGCCCCAGGAGUUGUCAUUCGGCUGGCAACGAGCUCAACUACUCGGGGCCUUUUUCAACGGCGUGUUCCUCCUCGCGCUCGGUAUCAGCAUCUUCCUGCAGUCAAUUGAGAGGUUCAUCUCGAUCCAACAUGUCGAGAACCCGAAGCUAGUCCUCAUCAUGGGCUGCAUAGGUCUAGGCUUGAACAUCAUCAGCGCCACAUUCUUGCACGAGCAUCACGGACAUGAUCAUGGAAGUGGCCACGGUCACAGCCAUGGAGACUCAAGCUCCGUCCACUCAGAUGGCAUCACCCAAGAAGAUUACGACAUGACCCCCAUCCAGCCUCACGCAGAGCACCGCCACAACGCAGCCAAGCUUAAGAGCCCCGGCCGCGACCUGGGCAUGCUCGGCGUGCUCACCCACGUCAUCGGCGACGCCCUCAACAACGUCGGCGUCAUCAUCGCCGCCCUGGUGAUCUGGCAGGCCGACUACGCAGCGCGCUUCUACGCCGACCCCGGCGCGAGCAUGGGCAUCGCCAUCAUGAUCCUGCUCACGGCGCUGCCCCUCGUCAAGAACAGCGGCGCCAUCCUGCUGCAGAGCGCCCCCCGCGGCGUCGACCUGGGGGACGUCAAGCACGACCUCGAGAAGAUCCCCGGCAUCGAGUCGGUCCACGAGCUGCACGUCUGGCGGCUGGACCAGAAGAAGGCCAUCGCCUCGGUGCACGUUGUGGUCUCCGACCAGUCCGUCUCCAACUUCAUGGAGAAGGCGCGCACCGUCAGCGAGUGCCUCCACGCCUACGGCAUCCACUCCGCGACCCUGCAGCCCGAGACGGCAGCCGGGGCGGCGGCGCUGGCGGCGGCGGCGGCGGCAGCAGCAGCAGCUCCAGCCGAGAGCAUCAACAAUGCCGUCGCCGAUUCCGCGAGCUCGUCUCUUAGAAGGAGAGGGCUCAAUCCAGCUGCCUGCCAGAUGGUCUGCGGUAAUCUGUGCGAGAACUUGAUGUGCUGCACUUCAUCUGUGCGAAUUUGA